AAAGCCUUCGGUUCUUGCUGAACGGCGCAACUAGACUUUGACCAAAAUCAUGAAAUCUGUGAGCGGAGAUACCAGUGGCUGUCACAGAGCCUCCGAUUAGGGCAACUUCGCACUCCUUUUAAUCAUUCAUUCUAUCUUUUAAUUCUCUGCAACAUUCUUCGUUUUCGUAUUCGAUUGCAUUGCUUGAGUGAAAUUCCCAAUUUAUUAGCUGCUAAACCCUAACUCAGAACUUUGGUGUGUGGGGUUUUGACUUAAUUGAGUGAAGAAAUAGCAUAAUGGUGAAAGCUUAUAGACAGGAACACGUCUAUAAGCACCCUUGGGAAAGAGUAACUUGUGCAUCAUGGCGCAAGUUUGCUGACCCAGAGAACAAACGCAUAUUAUCCCAUAUUCUUGAUGUUGACACAUUGAAUCACAACCUUGACCCUUCAUCAGGGAAGCUUUACACAACCCGUGCUAUCACCAUCCAUUGUCCUGGACCCUGGUUUGUGCGCAGGAUCAUUGGUCAGGACAUUUGCCACUGUGUGGAAUCCACUGUGGUGGAUGCCCAGUCGCGAUCCAUGCAGCUAACCUCGCGGAAUAUCAGCCUCCAGAAGUUCAUAGAGGUGGAGGAGAAGAUCCGGUAUGAUCCUCACCCGGAUAACCCCUCCGGCUGGACAAUUUGCCAGCAGGAGACUCGCAUCCGGAUCAAGCCGUUGUCGGCUCUGGCGUCCAUGGCUGAGAAGGUUGAGCAGCGAUGUGCUGACAAGUUCCUUCAGAAUAGUGUCAAGGGUAGAGAGGUUAUGGAGAGGAUAUGUAAAUAUCUUGAAGCAGAAUCUAGCAGCCUUGCCUUGUGAUUCUUUCUCAUUUCAGUUUUGGGUUUCUGUAGUUUAUAGCUUGUUGUAGCUAUGAAAUAACUGAGAAAACAUUUCAACAUGACGACAUGGAAGAAGAAGCUUGUGGCUCUUCCCUUCACGGUAAGAAGACUAUUUGGAUCUUCUCUAAAUUUUGAUCCGGCAAAUAAUUGUUUAAAUUGUUGUAACACAACUUAAAGAAUCAUCUUGUGGCUCUUCCCUCUCAUCUGAAUACAUCAGUUUUGUUUUCAUAUCUA